GCGGGCGGAGCCGGGCCGGGGCGCGCGGAGCGGAGCGGAGCAGGGCGCUUUGAGCGGCCCGACUGCCGAGCGCGCCAUGCCCACCAACUUCACCGUGGUGCCUGUGGAGGCGCGGGAGGACGGCGGCCAGGAUGAGGUGGCCGAGCAGACCGAGGCGCCGGGUCCCCCCGAGGGCGGCGGGCCCGACUUCCCGAGUCCGGGAGAUGGAACCCCCAGGGAGAACAGCCCGUUCAUUCACGGCGUCGAGGUGGACAGGGAGAGUCUCUUUGAGCGAAAGAACAUGGCGCUGUUUGAGGAGGAAAUGGACAGCAACCCCAUGGUGUCCUCACUGCUCAACAAGCUGGCCAACUACACCAACCUGAGCCAGGGCGUCGUGGAGCACGAGGAGGCCGAGGACAGCCGGCGGCGCGAGGCCAAGGGUCCCCGCAUGGGCACCUUCAUUGGCGUCUACCUGCCCUGCCUGCAGAACAUCCUCGGGGUGAUCCUCUUCCUGCGCCUGACCUGGAUCGUGGGGGCGGCCGGCGUCCUGGAGUCCCUCCUCAUCGUGUCCAUGUGCUGCACCUGCACGAUGCUGACGGCCAUCUCCAUGAGUGCCAUCGCGACCAACGGCGUGGUCCCAGCUGGCGGUUCUUACUACAUGAUAUCGCGGUCCCUGGGCCCGGAGUUCGGGGGCGCUGUGGGCCUCUGCUUCUACCUGGGCACCACGUUCGCGGGGGCCAUGUACAUCCUGGGGACCAUUGAGAUUUUUUUGACCUACAUCUCCCCCAGCGCAGCCAUCAUCCAGGCCGAGGCGGCGGAUGGUGAGGCGGCAGCCAUGCUGCACAACAUGCGUGUCUACGGGACCUGCACGCUGGCCCUCAUGGCCAUGGUGGUCUUCGUGGGCGUCAAGUACGUCAACAAGCUGGCCCUGGUGUUCCUGGCCUGCGUCGUGCUGUCCAUCCUCGCCAUCUACGCCGGCGUCAUCAAGACCGCCUUCGACCCUCCGGACAUCUCGGUCUGCCUGCUGGGGAACCGCACGCUGUCCCGACGUGGCUUCGACGUCUGUGCGAAAGUCCAGGCCGCCAACAACGGCUCGAUGGCCACCGCGCUCUGGGGCCUCUUCUGCAACAGCUCCACGGCCAGCACCUCCUGCGAUCAGUACUUCCUCCAGAACAAUGUCACGGAGAUCCAGGGCAUCCCCGGUGUGGCCAGCGGCGUCCUCCUGGACAACCUGUGGAGCGCAUACGCGGACAAGGGCGCGUUUGUGGAGAAGAAGGGCCUGCCCUCGGUGGCCGUGCCGGAGGACAGUGGGGCUGGCGGGCCGCCGUACGUGCUCACCGAUAUCGCCACUUGCUUCACCCUGCUGGUCGGCAUCUACUUCCCGUCUGUGACCGGCAUCAUGGCGGGCUCAAACCGGUCUGGGGACCUCAAGGAUGCCCAGAAGUCCAUCCCCAUGGGGACCAUUUUGGCCAUUGUGACCACAUCUUUUAUUUACCUCUCCUGCAUUGUGCUUUUUGGGGCCUGCAUCGAAGGCGUGGUCUUACGAGACAAGUUCGGGGAGGCCCUGCAGGGCAGCCUCGUCAUCGGCGCUCUGGCCUGGCCGUCUCCCUGGGUCAUUGUCAUCGGCUCCUUCUUCUCCACCUGUGGGGCCGGCCUGCAGAGCCUGACGGGUGCCCCACGUCUGCUGCAGGCCAUUGCCCGGGAUGGCAUCGUCCCCUUCCUGCAGGUGUUUGGCCACGGAAAGGCCAACGGGGAGCCCACGUGGGCUCUGCUGCUCACAGCUCUCAUCUGUGAGACUGGCAUCCUCAUCGCCUCCCUGGACAGCGUGGCCCCCAUCCUGUCCAUGUUUUUCCUCAUGUGCUACAUGUUUGUGAACCUGGCCUGCGCCCUGCAGACACUGCUGCGCACGCCCAACUGGCGUCCACGCUUUAAGUACUACCACUGGACCCUCUCUUUCCUGGGCAUGAGCCUGUGCUUCGCGCUCAUGUUCAUCUGCUCCUGGUACUACGCCCUGGUCGCCAUGCUCAUCGCCGGCUGCAUCUACAAGUACAUCGAGUACCGCGGGGCCGAAAAGGAGUGGGGUGAUGGCAUCAGGGGACUGUCACUGAACGCCGCCCGCUACGCCCUGCUGCGUGUGGAGCAUGGCCCCCCACACACCAAGAACUGGAGGCCCCAGGUGCUCGUGAUGUUGAACCUGGACGCGGAGCAGAGUGUGAAGCACCCCCGCCUGCUGUCCUUUACCUCGCAGCUCAAGGCCGGCAAGGGCCUGACCAUCGUGGGCUCCGUGCUGGAGGGCACCUUCCUGGACAAGCACACGGAGGCCCAGCAGGCCGAGGAGAACAUCCGGGCUCUCAUGUGCACCGAGAAGACCAAGGGCUUCUGCCAGCUGGUGGUGUCGUCCAGCCUGCGGGACGGCAUGUCCCACCUGAUCCAGUCGGCUGGCCUGGGGGCCCUGAAGCACAACACGGUGCUCAUGGCCUGGCCCCAGUCCUGGAAGCGGGAGGACAGCCCCUUCUCCUGGAAGAACUUUGUCGACACUGUCCGAGACACCACAGCAGCUCAUCAGGCCCUGCUGGUGGCCAAGAACGUGGAUCUGUUCCCGCAAAACCAGGAGCGCUUCAGCGACGGGAACAUCGAUGUGUGGUGGAUCGUGCACGACGGGGGUCUGCUCAUGCUGCUGCCCUUCCUGCUGCGGCAGCACAAGGUGUGGCGGAAGUGCCGCAUGCGCAUCUUCACGGUGGCCCAGGUGGACGACAACAGCAUCCAGAUGAAGAAGGACCUACAGAUGUUCCUGUACCACCUGCGGAUCAGCGCCGAGGUGGAGGUGGUGGAGAUGGUUGAGAAUGACAUUUCAGCGUUCACUUAUGAGAAGACGCUGGUGAUGGAGCAGAGGUCCCAGAUGCUAAAGCAGAUGCAGCUGUCCAAGACGGAGCGCGAGAGGGAGGCCCAGCUAAUCCAUGACAGGCACACCGCGUCCCACUCUGCGGCGGCCGCUAGGACCCAGGCCCCAUCCACACCGGACAGAGUGCAGAUGACCUGGACGAAGGAGAAGCUGAUCGCCGAGAAGCAUCGGAACAAGGACGCUGCUGUGUCUGGGUUCAAGGACCUCUUCAGCCUGAAGCCGAAUCAGUCCAACGUCCGGAGGAUGCACACGGCUGUGAAGCUCAAUGGUGUCAUCCUCGACAAGUCCCAGGAUGCCCAGCUGGUCCUGCUCAACAUGCCGGGGCCCCCCAAAAACCGACAGGGGGACGAGAACUAUAUGGAGUUCCUCGAGGUCCUGACCGAGGGGCUGAACCGGGUCCUCCUGGUCAGGGGCAGCGGCCGGGAGGUGGUCACCAUCUACUCCUAACGCUCGGCCACCCUGGGGGUGCACUGGGCAGGUGGGGUCGGUGCUGCAGUGCGCAGUGGCCAGUGCGUGGUGUCCUGUAGAAGUUUCUAGAUAGCACCGGGGCUCUCCAGGCCGAGAGCUGACGCGUGACUGAAGUCUUCCCCGCGUCCCAGGGCAGGUUGCGACACCCUCAGUGCUCCCCGUGCCCCCGGGGGUGCUGGCGGUGACCUGGUCUGUGCCCGUCCGUCUCCUGACGGCAAAGUGAGACAGGGAGCACCUGGACUCUCAAACUGAUCUCCCUGGGCUGGACCUGCAGGCUGUUGUGCAGUCAGGGUCACUCAGACCCCCGGCCCCCCCACGGUGCCAGGAGAAGCCCCCAGGCUGAAGCUGACCCGUGGCUGAGGGCUCGUGUCAGCUCCCCAGGCAAUGCUGCCCACCUGCCCCUCUCAGUAGCCGGGCUGGGGUUUCUGAAAUGGAGACAGAGUAAAGACUGUCCCCUCGGCAGUGGGCUGAUGCGCUGGUUCUUGCGGACCGCAGGGCAGGCGUCUGUGGGUGGGUGGGCGGGUCCUGGUGGGGUUCGUGCCAGGAAGCAGCCAGUGGAAGAGCCGGGCCGUGCUCGUGACCAGUUGUCUCCCCGCACUGACGGCCCGGCUGGCACCCCAGAGCUGCUGUACCUGGUGUGGGUGACUGUGGGAGGCCAGGUGCGACCCUAGAAAUGGCGGGUGCCGGGAAUCCCCCACUGCAGGCGGCAAUGGAAGAGCCUUCAGGAUGGGGAGUGCCACACGGUUCAGCGUCUGACGCACUGGCUCCUGCAACCUCGUUUCCAUGCUUCGCACUCUUGAGAGGGGACGGGGUGCAGCCGUGGGAGGCCCUGCAGCCACUGCACACGGCUGCCAGCUGAGCCUGUCACCUCCCGUCGGCACCGCCGGGCCUGGGGCAUUGUGGCUGUGGGGGCAGGGGUGUCCCCGCCACAUUCAGGGCACCGACAGGCACCUUCCCGUGAUCCUGGACUGUUUGCACUGUACACGCACUGUCAUGUUCACCGUGUGUUGCUGCCGUAAUUUGUGCCUCACUUUCUGUAUGGGUUAUUUAUUUAUUUAAACGCCCGGGGGAGUUUCAGUGAUAAACGUCGUCCACAAGGAGGUUGUGUCUGUGAAAUGGGCUCCGAACAGCCAGGUCCUUGGCUUUCUCUGGUUUCCAUGGGCUCCCAAGGGAAUCGGCCCUGUCCACGGGCUUGAGGUCAGGCAGGGGCUAAGCGUGUGUUUCCAGAUGUUUCUGAGGGGCAGUCAGGCAGCAUGGAGGGUCAGCGUCACCGUCAGGAUGACCACGGCCAGAGCGUGUGCCAAACACCACAGCUGAGCUUGGGGCGGGGGUCUCAGUUCAGUGGUGACUUGUACCUCCUCUUCAGGCCCCUCUCCUGGGUCCUGGGUCCCUGUGCACCGGCUGGCAGGUUGGUCAAGGCUGGGAAGCAGCUGCGCAUACAGGACCCCCCACCCUCUGCGACACCCGGCCCAGCCGAGCACCUGCCACGUCUGUGUCUGCACCCCAGGUCCUUCCUGUUCUGUAAACUGUGGGACUCUUAACUGUGGCCGCUGGCUUCGUGUUUGCCUUUUCGAGGUUCUUUGUAUGAUUUUGUCAGUAGAAUAAAAUGAAGAUCUGAGUGUGUUGGGGAACGCCCUGUCUCAUCGAGCAUGAAAAUUAAACGUGUGGAGAAACGCA